ACCCCCGCCGGCCCCGAACGCCAUGAGCCUGGGUCUCCGCCGCGCCCGCUCCGCUCCGACCGCCGCCGCCGCCGCUAAGGCCCCCUUUGAUGCCGCAGAGCUCCCCCAGCGCCGCCGCCACCGCCUCCGACAUGGACAAGAACAGCGGCUCCAGCAGCUCCUCCGCCUCUUCGGGCAGCAGCAAAGGGCAACAGCCGCCCCGCUCCGCCUCUGCAGGGCCGGCCGGCGAGUCUAAACCCAAGAGCGAUGGAAAGAACUCAAGUGGAGCCAAGCGUUAUAAUCGCAAACGUGAACCUUCCUACCCCAAAAAUGAAAAUUUUAUCAACCAGUCCCGUCGCUCCAAUUCACAGAAAAGCAAAACUUUUAAUAAGAUGCCUCCUCAAAGGGGCGGCGGCAGCAGCAACAAACUCUUUAGCUCUUCUUUUAAUGGUGGAAGACGAGAUGAGGUAGCAGAGGCUCAGCGGGCAGAGUUUAGCCCUGCCCAGUUCUCUGGUCCGAAGAAGAUCAACCUGAAUCACUUGUUGAAUUUCACUUUUGAACCCCGUGGCCAGGCAGGUCAUUUUGAAGGCAGUGGACAUGGCAGCUGGGGAAGAAGGAACAAGUGGGGGCAUAAGCCUUUUAACAAGGAAUUGUUUUUACAAGCCAACUGCCAGUUUGUGGUGUCUGAAGACCAAGACUACACAGUUCAUUUUGCUGAUCCUGAUACCUUAGUCAACUGGGACUUUGUGGAACAAGUGCGCAUUUGUAGCCAUGAAGUGCCAUCUUGCCCAAUAUGCCUAUAUCCACCUACUGCAGCCAAGAUAACCCGUUGUGGACACAUCUUCUGCUGGGCAUGCAUCCUGCACUAUCUUUCAUUGAGCGAGAAGACCUGGAGUAAAUGUCCCAUCUGUUACAGUUCUGUGCAUAAGAAGGAUCUCAAGAGUGUUGUUGCCACAGAAUCACAUCAGUAUGUUGUUGGUGAUACCAUUACAAUGCAGCUGAUGAAGAGGGAGAAAGGGGUGUUGGUGGCCUUGCCCAAAUCCAAAUGGAUGAAUGUAGAACAUCCUAUUCAUCUUGGAGAUGAACAGCACAGCCAGUACUCCAAAUUGCUGCUGGCCUCGAAGGAGCAGGUGCUGCACCGGGUGGUUCAGGAAGAGAAAGCAGCACUAGAGCAGCAGCUGGCAGAGGAGAAGCACACUCCCGAGUCCUGCUUUAUUGAGGCAGCUAUCCAGGAACUCAAGACUCGGGAAGAGGCUCUGUCAGGAUUGGCUGAAAGCAGAGGGGAGGUCGCUGGUGUCGUGGCUGCUCUGGAACAACUGGUGCUGAUGGCUCCCUUGGCGAAGGAGUCCGUUUUUCAACCCAGGAAGGGCAUGCUGGAGUAUCUGUCUGCUUUUGAUGAAGAGACCACAGGAGUUUGUUCUCUGGGCUCUCCUCCUCGUCCUCUUGCUCUCCCUCUGGUAGAGGAAGAGGAAGCAGUUUCUGAACCAGAGCCUGAAGGGUUGUCAGAGGCCUGUGAGGACUCGGAGUUAGCAGAAGACAAUCUUGGAGAGGGGACCAUUUGUACCGAGUCCAGCCAGCAGGAACCCGUCACCAAGCCAAGCAUCACACGCCUGAGCAGCUCUCCUUGUUACUACUUCUACCAAGCGGAGGAUGGGCAGCACAUGUUCCUGCACCCCGUGAACGUGCGCUGCCUCGUGCGGGAGUAUGGCAGCCUGGAGCAGAGCCCUGAGAAGAUCUCAGCCACGGUGGUGGAGAUCGCUGGGUAUUCCAUGUCUGAGGAUGUGCGACAGCGUCAUAGAUACCUCUCUCACUUGCCGCUCACCUGCGAGUUCAGCAUCUGUGAACUGGCUCUGCAGCCUCCUCUGGUCUCUAAGGAAACCCUAGAGUUAUUCUCAGAUGACAUUGAGAAGAGGAAGCGGCAGCGCCAGAAGAAGGCCCGGGAGGAACGUCGCCGAGAGCGCCGGAUUGAGAUGGAGGAGAACAAGAGACAGGGCAAGUACCCAGAAGUCCACAUUCCCCUUGAGAAUCUACAGCAGUUUCCUGCCUUCAAUUCCUAUACCUGCUCCUCUGAUUCUGCUUUGGGUCCCACCAGCACCGAGGGCCAUGGGGCUCUCUCCCUUUCUCCUCUUAGCAGAAGUCCAGGUUCCCAAGCAGACUUUCUGCUGACCCCUCUGUCACCCACUGCCAGUCAGGGCAGUUCUUCAUUCUGCGUUGGGAGUCUGGAAGAAGACUCUCCCUUCCCUUCCUUUGCCCAGAUGCUGAGAAUUGGAAAAGCAAAAGCAGAUGUGUGGCCCAAAACUGCUCCAAAGAAAGAUGAAAACAGCUUAGGUCCUCCUGCCCCUGUGGACAGCGAUGGGGAGAGUGAUAACUCAGACCGUGUUCCUGUGCCCAGUUUCCAGAAUUCCUUCAGCCAAGCGAUUGAAGCAGCCUUCAUGAAACUGGACACGCCAGCUACUUCAGAUCCCCUCUCUGAAGAGAAAGGAGGAAAGAAAAGAAAAAAACAGAAACAGAAGCUCCUGUUCAGCACCUCAGUCGUCCACACCAAGUGACACUACUGGCCUGGCUACCUUCUCCAUCUGGUUUUCUUUUUUCUGCGCUUUUGUUUUGCUGCUGUAAUUUUUAAGUAUUUGAGUUUGAACAGAUUAGCUCUGGGGGGAGGGGGUUUCCACAAUGUGAGGGGGAACCAAGAAAAUUUUAAAUACAGUGUAUUUUCCAGCUUCCCAUCUUCACACCAAAAUAAAGUAUUGACACUCAGAA